GUAGGCAUAUAGCACGAGCACAGUUCCUAUGCUGUGUGUGAAAUUAACUUGAUCUCUGGCAUUAAUACGGCAGGUUGGAAUCUAUUGUUUGUUAUAAUUUAAUCUAAACACUUAUUGCCAUCUGGUAGUCGAGAAUGGUGAGUGUGUUAGUAUGGGGACUGUAUCUCAGUGCAGCCUGUGCAGUGACUGUGUGCGAUGCAUCCAUCACUCCACGCACACAAGUAAACUCACAAGAACGCUUAGUGACACCACAGACUAACACAUCGGUGAAUUUUGAUGACAUCCUAUAUCCCAUACGCGGAAGAGUGUUUCGAGACUGGGACCAAAGACAUGUGUGCUACCCGGCUGAGUUCUACUACCCGCGCAGUGUUGACGACAUUGUGGCGAUCGUAAAGGAAAAUAACAAUGCGAAUGCACACAGACAGAUCAAAGUUGUCGGAGCAGGCCAUUCGUUCUCGCCGAUAAUGAUUGCCGACGACAGAAACGCCAUAAUGAUGAGUCUGGAUAAGGUGAACAAGUUCCUAUCACCCACUAUGGAAGCGAUGGAUGAGUACACAGAGGGCGAUCAGCUGGUGACAGUAGAGUCAGGCAUGCGACUAUGGGAGCUCAACGAGAAUCUUAUCCACCUCGGACUGGCGAUGGAAAACCUAGGCGCAAUAACUGAGCAAAGUGUCGCGGGAGCCUUUAGCACUUCCACCCAUGGCACUGGCGGCAGUCUGGGAUCAUUGGCUACCGCCGUGCGUGGGAUAAAGUUUGUGAGUGCGAACGGGACACUGGUUAGCGCGUCUAUUGACAGUAAUCCUGAGUUGUUCCAUGCAGUGGUUGUUGGGCUUGGUGCCAUCGGUGUGGUCGUGGAAGUGACCCUGAAAGUCCAGCCAGCGUACAAACUGUACCGCUCACAGACAAAGUGGGACCUCGACGAGCUCAUACACGAGUUGCCUGUGCUACUGCAGCGAUACGAGCGGUUGCAGUGGUAUUGGACGCCCUAUGUAUCGGGCGAGAACGCGGUGUUAUUAACACGCGAGGCGACUGACAAAGCGAUCGAACCUGCAGGCAUGGGAUGCUGGAACGGCACCAAAGUCGUGACACCGACGUGUGUGGAUAUCUCCAAUAGAGUUCUCUCCCGUGACGGUCGUGCAGGCACCCUCUUCACCGAGAUGGAACAGUUCAUUCCCAUUGCACACUGCAUGGAUGCCCUCAACGAUUUCCGUGCUUUCCAGGAAAUGCCAGAGGUGGUCGCAGCGUACAAUCCCAAGGACAAACUCUUCACGGGCGUCCGAUAUGUAGCUGCCGACAAACAUUGGAUGUCCAUGAUGUACGAGAGCGACAUCUGUGUGAUCUCAUUCAUCGCCUGGGGGAACACGCACGAGUCCGGUGACUCGAAUGUGUUCAAGUUUUAUGCACAAGAGCUGGAGCGAAUCAGCCACAGAUAUGGGGGCAGGCCACAUUGGGGUAAGAUGAACUGGGGUACCAGAGCAUAUUUCCGCACAGUGUAUCCGAGGUUAGACGACUUCGUGCAAUUACAGAGGUCGAUGGAUCCCAAUGGCAUCUUCAUGAACCAAUAUCUGCGGGAACGUCUGCACUGAGUUUAGAAGACAGGUGGGAACAGUUACUGCUGAAACUAGAGCUUUGAUCGCUCUAUACCAAACUUGCACUACAAACUGCGUGAGCAUUGAGAGGUCAUCGUUACUAUCACAUCAUCGAAAAUAUACGGAGCCGAACUUUUAUUUUGCUGCGCGAGUCGUCGCCUAGGGGUUUGGUUGGUCACAAAUGACCUGGAUGCCGGGGAUCUUCCCAGUACACAUUCAUGCUUCGAGCUGUCCUUCUAAUUAAAUAAAUAAAAACAGUUAUCAUAAAUAUAGCUGAGAAGUCGGUUCGUCGGCUUAAGCACCGCGUUGAGUGUCACUUUUUCUGGUGCGCAGCCAUGUGCGGUUGCUGUACCAUACAGCCCCAGGAGCACAGAUCUGGAGUUAUGUUCUUCCCGUGCACAUUGCAAUUUAACUGGAGCUAAGUAUUCGCGGCAUUCGGUAUGGUCGGAGAUCAUGGCAUAUUUAGAAAAAUACGAGGAACAAAUACAACGAUUCUUGUAUACGACAGCUGAUUGCUGGAUCAUGAAAAUCAUUGAGAUAUAGUUUUCAUAUAAGCAGUUGCCACAUUCAAUUUACCCAAUAAAAUUGGAAAUGCAGCAUGUGCAGAGUUAUGUGGUGAGUGGAUUCACGUAUCGUGAUAAUUUACGGCUGGUCAUGCGCGUCCCACUGAGUUUAGGCCAACCUGCGCGCAAACGUUCAC